AUGAACUAUGUUAUAGUUGUCCUCUUUGUGCGUUACAAGUUCUCAUAUCGUGUGUUUAUGGCGGUCAUGUGGCUGUUGCAGCUGACAAUGCUAUUCACCGUUAGCCUUUACGGCGAAGAACUGACGUCGGACUUAGCACCCAUAUUGAAGUCAAUGUGGCAGAGCAAGUUCCGCUGGACUGUUGUUUUUAACAUGUAUACUCUCCGCAUGAUUGCGUUCAACAUGGACAUGUAUGAGGCAUUUAAUGACGGUCCAGCCCAGCAGGAGCGGGCGGCACGUAAGCACGACACGAAUUGCGUGGAGUGUGCACAGAUGCGAGACGCCAACCACGGUGAGGGCACUUCCGUCACACGGUGCUACCGGUUCCGUACAGAGAGCUCUUGCCACCCACGUGAAUACAAUGUGUUGAGCUACAUUGCAUACAUAUUGUAUGUUCCGCUCUAUGUGGCGGGACCCAUGUCGUCCUUUAACGCCUUUGUGUCGUAUUGCCACCACGCCACUGUUGCUAUGUCGCGUCGGCACAUGUUAUUCUACGCCCUGCGAGCUCUUAACCUGUACGUAGCGCUAGUCUUUAUGCUGCAUUUUGUUUUUGUAAAUGCCUUUCGUUUGUAUCCAGAAGUGUUUUUUCAGCUGAGCAUUGGCGAGCAGGCGUUUCUUUUAUACUACUCCUUGGCUUUUUUGUGGCUGAAAUUCAGUCUCAUUUGGAAGCUUAACCGUCUGACUGCUCUCUUGGACGGUUUUGACGUACCCGAGGACAUGCGUCGGUGCUUUACUAACACUGUGAGCAUCCGAGACUUUUGGCGAGAUUGGCAUGCCUCUUUUAAUUUGUGGAUUGUGCGCUACAUGUAUAUACCAAUGGGCGGAAACAAGAGGAAGCACCUCAACAUCUUCCCCAUCUUCUUCUUCAUCGCCAUUUGGCACGACAUUGAGCUACAUCUGUUAAAAUGGGCGAUGUGUGUUUUGAUAAUGUUUGUAUUGGAGCUUUGUGUAGGUUUUAUAUGGUCUUUACCAUACUUUGCGCGGUUACGCUGCUCAAGAUACCGACGUCUUAUUCGCUCUUUUGGGGGACUGUUCACCGUUUUUGGUUUGAUUGUCGCGAACCUAAUUGGUUUCUCUUCUCAGGCGCCUACAAGUAACGGGCGUCCGAUGGACCAAGUCAUUUCCGAAGGGUUACUCAUGGUUAGUCCUAUCUUUGUCGUUACGUUGUUGCUGUUUUUGUACUGCGCCGCAGCAUUGGGCAUCAUGAACCGCGACAUGGAGGCAGCAGAGGUGCGGCGGCUUAAAAAGGCGCAUAAGCUUUUUGGUGACGCCUAG